AUGACCGGAGCAGAGAAACGGAGAGAAAGACGGCCGGAGGGGCCGGCUCUCCUGGGGAAGAAGCAGAAGGGUCUCCGCAUACACCAGGCAUUGACCUCUGACCCCAUAGACAUGGACACCCUGCAGGACGUGGCAGUCAGUGAUGGGGGGCUGCUCAGCCAGGAGAUCCGCAGGAAGGUGUGGCCUAAACUCCUCAAUAUCAACAUCUUCUGCCUGCCGCCCAAACCAGGCUCCGCCCUCCGCGCCAAUCACCGUGACUAUAACAGGUGGAGAUGGACGUACGGCGUUCGCUCAGGAGGUUUCCAAAAGGUUUGCUGUCGGCGUUGGUCAUUCUGUGGCGUUUGU